CCCGUCUCCCGUGUGUAACUUGACUCCGGGCCACCGCUGCUCGACCUGAGGCGGCCGGAGGGAGUGUCUGCUGGGUGUAAGAGCAGGCUGACGUCUCGCUGCUGUGAAUGACUUGGGAGGAAAAAAGCCCUGUGACAACAGCUCAGUGGGCGAGACGGUCGCGGAAGAACUGAGGAAAAAAUUUCUUUUGUAACUUCUUCCCGCUUCCUUCCUCUCCUCCUCCACCUGAAUGACUGCGUGAAGAACAAAAGUGACACAGUUAUGGAGAGCUCCGUUGAGGCCUCCCAGACUGGUGGCAUCACAAAACCCAAGCCAGCUCCGGCCACCAAACCUCGGCUCACUCCGAAGCCCUUUUCUCCACAGAAGAACACCACCAUUCGCUCCAUCCGGGCUCCAAAGACGGUCACUGUUACCUCCAAGACUACAGCACAGCAGAGUGGAAAGUCUGAUGCCCCGGUCGUCCCAAGACCAACUUUUCCCACCCCUGCUCAGAAACCCACAACCUCUGAUUCCAAACCCAGCUCUGUCAGUGCGCUCACCAAAGAUCAACCAAAAAUAACCAAGGAAAGCAAAGCAAGUCCACAUGGAGAAGAAAUUCUUGAUCCUAGUGCAGGAAAACCUGAGUCUAGUGUAGGAGAACCUGCGUCUGGUGUGGAAAAACUUGAGUCUAGUGCAGGAGAACCUGAGUCUAGCUCAGAAAAACCUGUUUUCAGUGUGGAAACAUCAGAUCCAGCCCAACAACCUGCUUCACCCAAAAAGACACCUGAGUCUGAGCUGAUCAAGACAGAAAAUGACAUCCCAACAAACCACAAAGCAUCCACAGGUAGUGUGCCUAACUCAGAACAGGAAGAUGGAAUAAAGAAAGAGGAUGAAACUCAGACAUCUGUUACCCGAAAGCCUGAAGAACUAGGGAGUGAUGUUUCCUCUACAGCUAAUCCAAUGCAUCGACGGGACAGCACUAGGAACCGCCUGUCUGCUGAGCUGACCUCGAAGUUUGAGUCAGGUGGUUUAUCUCUCCCCCCCCAGCCAAAUAUUACCAUCUCUAAAACGAACACCAAAGAUGAUGCAAACAAGGCAGAGCCUUCAGUUCCAGAGCAGAACCAGGCAACAUCGAACAGCACAAGUGAUGAAGGUGGACUGCCAGAGGAUUAUGGCGGAGGAGGCAGUAUAAAACGCAGAAUCAGUCGUCUGUUUGACUCGUCAUCGAGGCCAGAGGUCACAUCCAAGAAAGAGGAGCCUGAACUGAUAAACGGCACAGGAGGGGUGAAGGCGAGAAUCAAGAACUGGGCCGCGGAAAUUAACUCUGUGGGUCCAAAGACUGAGAAGAGGCCACAGGUUGUACCCGAACCUAAGAGCCCUAAGAGCUUCGAGCCAGCAACGCCUUCAACAGCAGCAGCAGCAGCAGAGAAAACGCCCAAAACGCCACCUGUUGAAUCUCCUGCAGCUGAGACAUCAUCCAGUCAGACAGGAGAUCUUCCUUCAAAGGUUGCCCCUGCUGAAAAACCCACAGAGGCCCCUGUGGAAACACCUAAAGAUGCUGUUGUUGAAGAUAAGUCAUCGGAAAGUCCAAAAGGGACAUCAGGAGAGCAAAUGCAGAACAAAUCAACAGAGGGUGACGUCCAGCUACGCAGCCACAGCCCAUCUAAGAGCCACACUGCCACGGAAGAAGGCGACGCAGCUGUAAGUGAAAGUGCUCCUCUAAAGAGGAACAACGUCAAGCGCCGAUCUGUUCGCUUUGGUGUCGUGGAGAGAGAUGACGGUGGUCCUCCAUUGAUCCUGGGCUCACCGUCUGAUUCCAGCGAAGAUGAGGAAAAAGAAGCUUCUGAGGCUGAAGCAGAGGAGGACAUCCCUGUUUCAGUGCCUGUCUUCAAAAGAAUAGAAGCUCUUCAGAAGAAGGACAUUGAGGCGCAACAGCAAGAAGCAGAACGACAGAAACACCUGGAGUUUGAAAGAAAAAGAAGAGCAGAGGAGAUUGAACAGGCGAGACUGAAGUUAGAAGAGGAGCGCAAACAGAUGGAAGAAGACGAAGAAAGGGAGAAAGCAAAGGCAAGGAAGAGGGAAGAAGAGAAAAGGGAAAGAGAGAGGCUUAAGGGAGAGGAAAUGGAGAGACAGAGGAAGGAGGAGUAUGAGAGAGAAAGGCUAAGGGAAGAGGAGAGGGAAAGGCAAAGGCUGAGAGAAGAGGAGAUGGAGAGGGAAAGACAGAUGGAACUGAUUUUGGAGAGACAAAGAGAAGAUGAAAGGGAGAGGGCAAAACAGAAGGAGGAGAGCCUGAAACACAAGCAGGAGGAGAGUGAGCGUGAGAGAUUGGAGGAGGAGAAGAGGACAGAGGAGAGGCUGAGGGAGGAAAGAGAAAGACAGAGGCCAAGAGAGGAGGACAAGAGAACGGUUGAUGAACACAAUGAGCACAUACUGGAGGGAAAACUGAGAGAGGAGGAAAUGAAUAAAGAGAAAGAAAGAGAGGAGGAGUGGGAAAAAGCAUGGAUUAACAAGACAGAGCGAUUGGGAGGAGAAGAAGAACAGAGGGAGAGAGAGAAAGAGUUGGAGUUGAGGUGGCAGAGAAAGAUAGAGGAGGAUAGGGAGAGGGCGAGACAGAAAGAGGAGAUUCUUAGACAGGAGAGAGAGAAAGAAAGAUUAAGACAGGAAGCGGAGGAGGUAGAGAGGCAAAGGAAGCUGAAAGAGCAGCAAGAAAAAGAAGAGGAGAUGGAGAGAAGGCGGCAAAUAGAACUUGAGAGAGAGAGAGAGGAGGAGAGGAAGAAGAGAUAG